CAGCCGGGCUGCAUGGCCAGACCCUGUCUCAAAAAGCAAAACAAACAAACAAAACUCUAGAAAAACAGAUUUGCUAGCAGCGAGGCAUAAACAAAUAUCCGGGAAGAUCCUGAAAAAUAAGAGAAAUUGGAAGCAAGCAGAGGAAUAGGGAGUUUGUCCUUCAUGAUAGAUAAAAACACACAACCAUGAGUUAAAAAAAAAUAUAGUACUAUUGUAGCCUGAUGCGGCCUCAGCAUCUAUUUUAACACAAAUUGGACACUCCUCCCAAGAGCAAUUGUGGAGUGGAGCAAUCAUGUAAUUUCAAAUUGUUACACCACACCCUGCUUACCCAGGCUGGCUGCCAGAGAUAAAAACAAAGGCAUCUCUCUGGGCUUUUGCAGCAGCCUUCCUUUCACGGAUCAUUGCUCGCCAACCUGAAGAGACCCACACACUCCCGGUAUGUAUUACAGUCUGCUGCUUGCUGCUCUCCUCUCUGCUCCACUCGAGGCUGGCUGAGCACCCCAGGGUCUGUAAUCAGUUGCAUGGGACAGAUGGAUUGAUGCCCGAACACAUCUUUUUAGAAGAAUAUUCAUCUGUAAUCAUUCUCACUGGGAGAAGUCAGAACCAAAACCCAGAGUGCCUCUGGGAUUCAGUCGCCCUUCCACAAAACGGGAAGAAGGAAAGAAAAACAUUGAAAAGAAAAUUAAUUGAGGAAAUUAAGCAAGAUGAAUCCCGAGGAACUCUCCAAAUUACCACUGCUCAUUACAAAUAGCUGUGAGGUCUCCAUCAUCCCCGGGCUGCAGAAAGAAGAGCGAGAGGCUGUAGAGAAACGCAGCGGCCGGGUGCUGACGGCUCUGAAAAAGCUGGGCAAGGCCGAUGAGGCUCAGGACUUCCCCAGGGCCCGGGCGCCGGUCAUUGCUGUGCUGGGCUCCGGCGGGGGACUGCGGGCCCACAUCGCCUGCCUCGGGGUCCUGAGUGAGCUGAAAACACUCGGCCUGCUGGAUGCUGUCACCUACCUCUCGGGGGUCUCGGGGUCCACUUGGGCUCUGUCUUCCUUCUACACCAAGGACGGGAACACAGAAGAAAUUGAGGCCGAGCUAAAGCACCGAUUUAACCAGAAGGAGUGGGAUGCGAAGCACAGCCUAGAGAAAACCAUCGAGGCAGGGGGGUUGGAGAACUACUCUCUGACGGACUUUUGGGCCUACAUGGUUGUCUCUAAGCAAACCAGGGAACUGCAGGACUUUUGCUUGUCCGGCAUGACGAAGCACGUGGAGGAAGGGACCCUGCCCUACCCGAUAUUCGCGGCCAUUGAUGGUGACCUGCACCGUGACCACAAAAAGGACAAAGCCCAGAACACCUGGUUUGAGUUUACACUGCAUCAUGCUGGCUACCCUGCACUUGGGGCCUACAUCCCCACCGCCCGCUUUGGAAGCAAAUUCAUGGAGGGAAGACUGGUCCGAUCUGAACCGGAGCGAGACUUGUCCUUCCUGAAAGGAUUAUGGGGAAGUGCUCUGGCUAAUUCUGAAGAAGUUAAAAAAUUCAUUUUGGAUCAGUUACUGCACCUGAAGGAGAAAUUUCUCCAGGAAGAUGAGAGAUUUUACCGUGGAAGCCCAGAAGAUGCUGGUCGGAUGAGCAGCACUGUGACCAUUGCAGAAGAGUUGCUGGACUUGGUGACAGUUUAUGUAGAAGAUCCGAAUGCCCCCAGCAUCCUGAAGAAGCUCCAGGUCCUACAGCAAAAACUGGAGGCUGGAAGGAGAGGGGAAGAUGAAGUCAGUGAGAACGCACUCGUAUGGCUGGCUGAGAUGGUCCAGAAUUGGAACAAGGUCUCCCCAGAAGAGCGGGGGAAGUUCCUGGAACGGCUCGUACAAAGCAUCGUGAAACUAGAAGAACAUUCAGGCCUGAGUUCACACCCAAGGCUUUUUUCCAAAGGUGCAAUGUCCAAGAUACUGGACACCUGCAAAGUUCUGGUCAAAACUGUAGUGUGCUGUUCCAAGUGGGAAUGGGGGACCAUGAACAACUUCCUGUAUAAACACGGUGACAUCAAAGAAAAGGAAAUGCGCAACCGGAAACUCCUUCACCUGGUGGAUGCUGGUUUUGCCAUCAACUCUCCCUACCCUCUUGUUCUGCUCCCUGCACGGAAUGUCCAGCUCAUCCUCUCCUUUGACUUUAGCGCUGGGGAUCCUUUUGAGACCAUCAGGUCUACUGCUAACUACUGCCACGACCACAAGAUCCCCUUUCCCCUGGUGGAAGAGGCCAAGCUGAAGGAGUGGUCAAGAGCCCCUGAAAGCUGCUACAUCCUGAAAGGGGAAAAUGGACCUGUUGUGAUGCAUUUUCCAUUGUUCAACACAGACACCUGUGAAGGUGGCAUUCGGAAAUGGAGAGAAACAUACAGCACCUUCAAACUGGCUGACAGCUACUCUCUGAAACUGGUGACCCAACUCCUGAGUCUGUCCAAGAAGAACGUCAGGAAAAACGAGGAGAAACUCCUCAGCGAGAUACGGAGCGUGGCCAGAAUUUGUGAAAAUGAUGUCUCGUCGAGGAGCUCCUGGAAGAUCCAGAUCCUCUCUGCCUGGCAACAUGGCUGAAACGCUUGGAGAGGACCGGCUCUCUGUGACCCCCUGCAUGACGGAGUGUGAGAGGGUGGAGCGGCCUUGCACAAUAUGGACUGAGGUCUCACUGAAGGAAGUAGUUUUGCUGGAAGGGAAUGGGAGGCACCAGUAAAGCUAGCUUCAGAAAGAAGAGCCCGUGUAUGAAACAUCAGUGGUACUAGGGCCAGGUUGCCAUUCCAAAACAACCAAAGAUUAAUGGUAUCUUUUUCCUUUGCAUAAUCCUAAACUCCUGCAACCUGCCAGAGUCCCUUCCCUAGCUUUCCCUUUGCACAAAAGUCUAUCCAUGCCCACUGCAGUCUUCAACUUCUGUAGGAGGGAACAUAGCCGUCCUGGAGCUAGAAGCUGGGAUCUUGGCCCUGUGGGCUUGGAGAGGGUCAUUAGGAGGCACUCGAAGAGGAUCUUUUCCUGAGUUCCUGGAAGCACAGUUUAUUUUUUCCCCUGUGACCUCUCACACACCCUCUCUCGGUGUAAAAUACUCAGGGGAACUGAAUUAAAUCACAAAGCUGGAUUAUGAAGGCUCAAGGCAAGCUGAUCUUCCCUGGGGAAUUAAUCCUCCACAAAAUAUCAUGAUGGAGAGAGAGAGAGAGAGAGAGGUCCCCAAAUCCCUCCCCCGCUCGGCCAGGUGGUCUGCCCUGGGCUUCUCUAGAUCUCUGUGUUAGAUGGGAAAUGCACUCUGCACUGAUGACAACCAAAGAGUCUGGAAUAUUGAUGAAUCUACUUGGAUCAAAUCAUGGGAAAUAUUUGGGGGGCAGCUCAAGGCAAUUAGUAAACUGUAAAGCAAGCUUUAAUAGCCAAAUAUCCAUGACAGAACAUUCAGGCAAGGACCAUGUUAUUCUUUGAGCCCUGGCACAUUCAGUGCUUGGAGGCUUGUCUGUCCCGAGUCACGGGGUAGUUGGAACUGGCACCCUGCCAUUUCUCACUGUUGAUUAGUAGGAAAGACUGUGUAAUGGCCUUGGAGAAUAUCACAGAGAAGUGUGGGAGCAGCUUUUCUAGUCGUCAAGAAAAAGAACAUAAAAUGCACCUCAAAACCUUAGGGCACAUGUGGCCAAUCUAGAAAGCAUUUUGUCAGUGGCAGAUGCGGGUAUGUGAACCAGAUACUAGUCACCAUUUAUGGCAAGGGAAGAGAGAUGGAUUUUGCCACUUUCUCUAAACUCUUUACCACCGACGGCUUCACACUUACACCCUUGACUCCAUAAAACCCCAAUAACUAUUCCUUAGUUACUUCAGCAACCAGCUUUCAUUUCUACUUUUUCUCCUCAAGAUUCAAAUGCAAUUAGCAAUGUCUUCUUGUUUGCUUGCUUUUUUGCCUUCUUACCAAGAUCCGUAGAGGCGGAAUGUCACAAUUCUUCAAGUCCUCCCUCUGGGGCUGGACUGUUUAGGUGUUGUUUUUGGUGCUGGGGAUCAAACUCAGGACCAUGCACUGUGAGGCAGAUGGUAGCACCACUGAGCUACAUCCCAGGCUCCUGUAUUGUUUAGGUUUUAAACCCUGUCCUCUCACUACAUUUGGACACAGGUUGGGCAUGGUGGUGCACACCUAUAAUCCCAGCAUUCAGGAGGCUGAGAUAGCACUCUGGAGGCAGACGGGCAACGCUCAGCUAAAGAAGGAGGACUGCAACCAGGACACUGUGGACUCUUCUGUUGUGUCAGAGGGUUAUGGGCUAUUUUGUUUUUGAAUUAAGAAUCUAUAAGCCUAAAGAUUAUAGGUUUGAUAUAAAUAUGUAACCUUCAAAAGUAUUAAAUGGGAACCAGAGGGACAUCCCCGCACACUUUUCUUUGAUGCCUGCCUGAAAGAACAUUAUUAAAACCCUGGUACUGAUAGAGAGAACUUUUGUAAAUAAUCUAAAAACCUACAAAGUGUUAGGAAAAUGUAAAAUGACUUUUGCUGUCCUUACCAGCAAUCUGCUUUGUUUAGUUCACAAAUAAUAAGCACUGGAUGUAUUAACCAUGAAGUGGGACAUUUGGCCUCAUCCUUCCUCUUGAACACCCACUUCCUGUGCACUAGGAUAGGU